AUGUCAGAAGAAAAAACUACCUCGGUUAAAAUUGAACCACUAGAAUAUUCAGCAGAAGAUCCUCAAGAUGAAGAGGAUAUUAAGUCGGAAUCUUGUUCAGAGAAUGGAGAAACAUGUCUGGAAAGAUUUAUGAAUUCUAAAAUAACUGUAGAGGAAGAAAUCAAACAGGAAUUAAUGCAGGCUCCUAUAAACCCUUUCGUAUGCACAAUAUGUGAUAAUGCAUUUGCUUUAAGACACCAUUUAGAUCGACAUAUUAUUGCUCAUAACAGAGAACUGCCAAUUCAUGCCGGAGAACUUCUUUUGAAGUGCAAAAUAUGCAACAGAGACUUCCAUUCAUCAAAAGGUUUGAAACGACAUAUGUACACUCAUACUGGAGAACAGCAACAUAUUGCUCAUAACAGAGAACAGCCAAUUCAUUCUGGAGAACUUCCUUGCAAAUGCAAUAUAUGUAACAGAAACUUUCGUUCACCAAAAGGUUUGAAACGACAUAUGUUCACUCAUACUGGAAAACAGCAACAUAUCUGCAAAAUAUGUGAUAAGACAUUCACACGAUUGAUUCGAUUAGAGAAACACAUGCUUAUUCAUUCUGAAGAACUUCCUUAUAAUUGUGGAAUAUGUAACAAACUAUUUCGUUCCAAAUGUGGAAUAUGCAAUAAAUCAUUAGCACAAUCUGAUGCUUUAAAUGCACACAAGUUUAUCAAUUCUAGAGAAUUUCCUUAUCAAUGUGAAACAUGUAGCAAAUCUCUUCAUGCAUCAAAAACUUUAAAUAAGCAUAAAGCUCAAUAA